AUUAAAUUGUUCGUUGCUUGGCCUCCGCGAUAUCUCCCUCUCACGCUCUGCGCUUUCUUUGCGCUUUCAUUUGCUCGCAUUUCCCAAGUCUCUCUCAACAAACUCUCCGCUCUGCUAAAACUCCCUUACAAAACCUCUUUUUUCAGCCUUCAAUCCACCAUAACCCCAGUCCUUCAGAUUCUCUUGGUUUGCCAGUCACAUCUUGCUGCCGAGAGGAACUUCCUGCUCUUUCUAGAUUCCAAAGCUUGUGCUCCCUCCUCUCUGCAGUGUGUGUGUCUUGAUUCUUGCCCAUGAAAUUUUGAGCGUAUUUGAUCGAACUAUGCUCAACUUCUCUCGCCUGCAAACUGUUCGACGAAAUGCCUGAGCCAUGCAUUCAGCCGCAGCAGUGAAGACGCGUCUCUUCGUUCCGCCGCCGAAUUCCCUCCUCCCCGGCCUGAGUUCUCGUACGUUUCCAGUCUCCGUCUUUGCAGUCUGUCGGAGUAGAGUAGCGGUGGUGGUUGGGGGAGGCGGGUGUGGAGGGAGAGAGCAGGAGAAGACUGCUAGUAAUGUUCUUUCUCUGCAUCGCGCGGCGCCGCUGAAGGAAGAAGGGCCUCUCUUGGGCUUUCUUGACGCUAGGAAGAGGAAUGUUAGGGAUUCUUGCUGGGAGUUUGACGAUGGGUUUGUGAGGAGGUGUAGCAAAGAUUGGGGGGGCGAAGGUGAUUCUGCUCUGGAAGCUGAGGUUUUCGAGUUUAUGAAGAAUUCUGAGAACCCGGAGAUGUUUCCGUCCAAGAAACAACUGAUUGAUGCGGGAAGAACGGAUCUUGUGAUAGGUAUUUCGAGGCAGGGCGGCUGGAUGGCUUCGGGGUGGGAUUUGGAAAGCGAAGCAGAGGUAGUCUUGGAGUGGAAGACGGGUAGUGAAUCAAGGGCUUUGCUUUCGGAUGUCAAGAAGGCGGAAAGUGAUCAAGAGCCGAGGCAGGAAGCCUCUCCCUUGCGUCUUACUUCCCAUUCUACUGCUUCUUCACCCCCGAGAUCACUAGAAACUGUUGCAGAGGAUGAUCCUGGAAUUGAUGCUAUGUUGAGUAGACUGGAGAUGCAAAGGAAAGCGGAUUUUGGAUUUAAGAUGCCACAGAGAAGUAAAGUUACUCAUGUCCCCGGUCAUCAUCCUGAAUACGAUGAGCCUUCUAAAGCCUCCAAAGCUUCGACUGUAGCUGAUAUGAAAAACAUCAGUGAAUCUGCUUCACUAAAGAGAAACAAGAAUGACCACUCUCGAGCAGGUUUAGAACCCUUUAGCACUCAGCUUCGGCAUACGGAACCAAAGCUUUCAGCUACAGUUAAUGCAUUAAAAUCAGGUUCUGGUGACAAUAUGUUGCACAAGGCUAUGGGAAAUGCACCUGAUAAACAUCUGGAGCUUUAUGAUGCUUGGGAAUUCCAGGAAACUGGCAUAAUGAAACGGCAGAACAAGUUGCGGUCAAUCCGAGCAAAGAUAGCAAUCGUGGAAGGCAGAAUGGCUCUUGCAAUACUUGAUGCACAAAGGCUAGUGGAACAGAAACAGAAAAGAAUCGAUCAUGUUCAAAAAGGCACCGAGCUUCUUAGGAACGCCUACAUCGCUUUGCCAACUGAAGCCUCAGAAGUGUUUGUAGCAGGAUCAUUUGAUGGAUGGGCUACAAAGAGAAAGAUGUUCAGGUCAGCCACCUGUAUUUUCUCCUUGUUUCUCAAAUUGUAUCCGGGCAAGUAUGAGAUCAAGUUCAUCGUAGAUGGUAACUGGAAGGUUGAUCCCCUGCGCCCUGUUGUUCAACACAGCGGUUAUGUAAAUAAUCUCUUCAUCGUCGAUUGAGAAGAUACCGGAGACUUAACCGAGGACAGAAAGAUACCUUUUGCGGCUAACAGAAAAUAAGAGACUGAUUCAUUGAUUACCAGCAGCAGCUGCUGUGAUUUUUGAUUUUUUUUGGGUCAGUUUCCAUGUAAAAAGUAGAAACUUUCCUUCGGCUAGCUUUCUCUAAUGAUUCUUUUUGCCAAUGGGACCAACAAUAAGGAUAGGGGAAUAGCCGAUAUUGCAGCAUGAAUUGAAUUCAGCGUUACUUUCCCCUUGUUGUAGCUGUAAACAGUAAACCCCUCAUUGUAAUCAAGUACAGAAUCUUAC